AUGGCAACUCAUAGAGCUCUUGUUCUUCGCUCUCGCGACAAACCGCUGUCUUUAGAGACUGUGCCUCGUCCCACAGCUAAAGCAGGCCAGGCGGUCGUCCGUAUCCUCGGCGCAGACGUCGCACCUUAUAUGGCUGAGGUCCUCGAUGGCUCUCGACAGUACCCCCUCUCUCUUCCAAUGAUACCCGGCAACUCCUCCAUAGGAAGGGUAGUCGAGGUUGGACCCGACGCCGUCAAACUCACGCCCGGCCAACUCGUCUUCUGCAACAUUACCAUUCUCGCUCGCGAUGACCCGAAUGUUUCAAUUUUGUUUGGUUUGCAUGGAGGCGGCUAUCCCGCGGCGCAGAAGCUGAUGGACGGAGAGUGGAGGGAUGCAACUUAUGCCGAAUACGUCAAAUUCCCGCUUGAGAAUCUCUAUCCGCUGAAUGAAGAUGUCUUAUUCAAUAAAUUGGGUUACACAAUGUCAGAUUUGUGUCUGAUGCCGGUGUGCCUAGUACCCUUUGGCGGAUUGUCGGAAGUCGAUGUGAAGCCUGGAGAGGUUGUAAUCGUGGCACCAGCUACGGGACGAUACGGCGGUGCCGCUGUAGCGGUAGCUCUUGCCAUGGGUGCAACGGUGGUAGCAGCGGGCCGAAAUAAGGAUGCACUGGCAGCGUUGGAAAGCAUUCAUGCAUCUACCGGUCGUCUACGGACAGUCGCCCUCACAGAAGAUCCUUCCAGCAACGCAGAAGCAUUCAAAACCGCCGCUGGCAAACCAGACGGAGCGGACGUAUACAUUGACUUUUCACCACCCGCAAUGAAGGGCAGCUCACUCCUUGUCGCAGCCGUGAAGGCCCUGCGGCCGUUUGGAAGACUUGUCAUUAUGGGUGGACAUUUGGGAGAGAUCAGUGUGUCUUAUCUAGAUAUCAUGUUGAAGAGUAUCCGCAUCCAAGGCCGGUUUAUGUACUCGCGACAACAUGUGCUGCAACUUAUUCAAAUGACGGAGUCGGGAGUACUUAAAUUCGGGAGCAAACUUGGAAUCAAUGAGACUCAGGAGUAUGGUCUGGAAUCGAUCGGUGAUGCGCUUCAGGCUGCAGCGAAUUUGUCUGGUUUUGGAAACCAUGUCGUGUUGAAACCAUGA